AUGCCUUGUUUACAUAGCUGCUGGCUGUAAGAAACACUCAAAAAUAUAACUGAACAACGUGAAGCUGCAUGGAGCGUUUUUUAUGUGUGGUAGUACCUCCCAGGUGCGGACACUAGAUGGCGGUGUUUAGCGCCCACACAACCGGAAGUGAAAUAACAUCCACAUCACAUCCGUGAACCAGAACAGCAACAAAAGCUCUGAGGCAUUCCUGUCACAAAAGUUCAGAUCAGACAUCUAUACAUGCCAUCUGGAGCUCCGUCGGGGGAGAACUGCCUUGUAGACAUGGACAGCAAGGCUGGAGAUAUGUUCGGUUCUGAGGACGCUCAUCCAACUGGGACAGGUGGAGCUGGAAUCCUGGCAAAGCUCUGGCUCCCUAAAGGCUUCUCGAUCAGUAUGGCUAAAGAGUGGAUCGAUAAGCGUCGGAUGUCCAUUCGCCCCUGGGCCAGCUUCGUGGAUCAACGCAAGUUUUCGAAACCACGCAACUUUGGAGAGUUGUGUCAGAGGGUGGUGAAGAACGUGGAAACUUUCAACAGCAACUACACCUUCAUCUUCCUGGGUCUCAUCCUCUACUGCAUCAUCAGCUCUCCCAUGCUUCUGAUUGCCUUGGCUGUGUUCGUCGGUGCCUUCUACAUCAUUCACCUCAAGUCUCUGGAGUCCAAACUGGUUAUCCUCGGCAAAGAGCUGAAUGUGCCUCACCAGAUGGGUCUGGCUGGAGCCGUUUCUCUGCCAGUGUUCUGGUUGGCUGGAGCUGGAGCCGCAGUGUUUUGGGUUCUGGGAGCGACGCUGUUUGUGAUCGGCUCUCACGCUGCGUUCCGUCAGCUGGAGGGAUCCGACAUGGAGGAGCUCCUGAUGGAGCCGGUGUGAGGAUGAGGCCGAGCCCGCAGCAGGAGCCGGUCCACCAUCGCUCUGACCAUGUAAUCACGGGUUGAGGAAGAACUGCUCCUACGUCUGAUCCUUAGCUGUGUAUUCCCUGUUAGAACGCACCUUGUCUUGCCUAUAAAGUAGUUGAUGUUACAAACUGUAUUGCUAUUUAUGCAAACUCAUUCAGAGACAUAACUUGCCAAAUGCACACAUUGUAAUUAGUUGUAUUUAGGCACAUCAUCAUACAGAUUAUAUGCCUUUCUCUACAUAUGUUAUACCUCGGAUGCCUGUGGUUUGUGUCAAAUACCACCUCGCUCCCCAUAAGAUCUCAGUCACAUAUCUUUUCAUUUCAAUUCAAGUAGAAGAAGUAAUGAUUUACAGUUUUCCAAAAAUAAUUCGCAUACAAAUAAUAACAAUAUGGCAUUAAUUAAAAGAAAGAAUCUCUUGUGCCGUAAAUAUCUUCAGAAAUAUCUUCUAUAUCCGACACGUUUGCUGCUUCUUAUUGCAAUGAUAAUGCACAGACUAAAUGCAAUGUUUCCAUUCUAAAAAUAUCUUAAUUUCCCAAAGGAAAUGUGCAAUGUAAAGCUUUAAAAAUAAGUGUUUUAUGAUGAUCAUAUACAAAGUUAUGAUUUAUUCAGGGGGAACAAAACAAAUCUCAGAUAGGGUACUAAACAAUCUGAAGAAGCGUCUUUAAAGGUCAGUACAUAAUAAUGCUGUUUUUCCUCGGAGGAUGAUACGGUGUCUUUGUGACUGCAGAUUUCAGCAGUUAGGUCAGGAUCCUUACCUGGAAGAUUUCUUUUUAAAAAUCUGUUAUUCAUUUGUUUACAUUUCUAUGUAAAAAUGGGUGUUUUUUGUAUUUAAAUUGCAUUUUCAGAACUGCAAUAAACUCUUAAUGUAAAGAUA